AUGCAUUUCACGAUGGAGAAUGGCAGUUUCGCAUUGUGUGCGAUAUUUCUUGAACUUGCUUUAUGUUGGGCAUUUGCGAUGUUUGUUGAUUAUACUGGAGAAUCCAUUGGAAUUGUCGUAGAAAACGAUCCUGAUCGCGUUCGUGGAACUCAUCCUCGAAAUCAUCUUUCAUCUGUUUACUACUACAUGUUCCAGGAUGUUCACUUGACGAUGGUCGUUGGGUUUGGUUUCCUCGGAACUUUUUUAAAACGAUAUGGUUACAGUUCUGCCGUUCCCAACUUGUUGAUCGCUGCGGUUACCCUCCAAUGGGCGACUCUGUGCCAAGGAUUUUUCCAGAUGCAACGAGGGAAAAUACACGUUAGCAUUACCAACUUAUUGCAUGCUGAUUUUGCCACAUUAACCACUUUCAUUUCAUUUGGAGCUGUUCUUGAAUUGACCACACCAAUUCAGCUAAUAGUUAUGGUCAUCUGCGAAGUAUUCAUUUUCGCUGCUAAUGAAUAUAUAAGUCUUGAUAUCCUAAAGAUUUCCGAUGUUGGAGUUUCUAUGUUGGUUCACGUUUUUGGAGCUUACUUUGGCCUGAUGGUGAGCUGUGUCUUGCGUAAUAACAGGCCGGAAAAAGAGAGCGUUUGCAUCACCCUUCCUACUCCGGAUCUUUUCUCUGUGAUGGGAACAAUAUUUCUCUGGCUAUUUUGGCCCACACUAAAUGCUAGUUUAGCUCAAGGCGAUGCCCAGCACAGAGCUGUUAUUAACACAUACUACUCUUUAGCAGCUAGUGCAGUUGUGACUUUGGCCAUCGGUCUCAGUUCUUUUGUGGACAAAAAACAACAGUUUUUCACGGUACAUAUUCAAAACUCAGCGUUAGCAGGAGGGGUUGCCAUUGGAACGGCUGCAGACAUGAUGAUUCAUCCGUUUGGUGCAAUCAUCGUAGGAAGUGUCGCUGGACUAGUUUCAAUACUAGGGAUGGUGUACUUAACUCCAGGAAUUAAUCGAAAAUUUGGAAUACGCGAUCCUUGUGGUAUUCAUAACCUCCAUGGUCUGUCCGGAUUAAUUGCCGCUUUCGUUGGUGCUAUUGCGGCUGCCCUAGCAACUGAAAAAAAUUACAAUUACAGUCUCUACCGGCAAUUUCCUGCUAGGACAGCAAUGGGUAAAACUUUAGACUACUGGGAUAUCCAAUAUCAUGUGGAAAACGUGCAACCAGGACUCGGUCGUUCGGCAUUAGGCCAAGGAGCUUACCAAAUUGCUGCCCUAGGAACCACUUUAGCAUUUGCUCUCGUCGGAGGACUCAUCACUGGACUUAUCCUCCAGUUACCUUUUUUUAACCAGGCAGGGAGGAAUGCUUUCACUGAUGACGAAUCGUAAACUCGUGAUUACGUUUCGUUUUGUUCCAAAAAUUAAUGGAUAUGUAAAGAAACGGAU